GUGUUAAUGGAGUCACAUCUCACCACCUGGUGGAGGCUGAUGAUGACGGUGUUGGCGUGGUGGACACGAUGGACGGAGAAAACGACACACUCAAGGUCACCUCCAUGAUGACCCACGAUGGUGCACACUCCAUAGAUCAUACAAGUCUACAGGAUGAGGUACAUUAUGUCACAACAGAUGAGUCAGGGCACGCGGUCACCGUGGUGUACCCCCAGUCUGCUCUGCCCUUACUCAGAACAUCAGAUGGAAGUCUGGUCAAUUUUGUGGAGCUUCCCGGAGUGCACGGCGAGCUGGGGUUGGAUCAAGGGGAGUUGGGAGGUGAAGCGGGCAUGGUGCUGCAACAAGACUUCACCGGAGAAGGACCCAUCACCGUCGUGACCGCAGACGAUACCGGAGAACAGCUCGCCCUGCUGGACCAGCAACACGGCCACUCUGGGGUGACCAUGACCGGCGGCGAGGGAGGUCAGUCCAUCACUUAUUUAACGGCCGCGGAGGAUACGGCGGACGGGUCUCCGUCGGCCAUCUUGGGGGAACAGUUAAUACAGAUCCCGGCAAGUGACCAGUCUGGGUCGACACACACCAUAACUCUGCCGCUCUCUUUCCUGAACGACGGCACCGGGGUCUCCAUACUACAGGGCCUCGGCCACCUACAGUUACCACUGGUGGGAGAGACCGGCGGAGACUCCAUUACGUUAACCUCGCCGGUGGACUCGGAUAACAUUGCUUCGGUCGGCGGCGCAGAUGUGUCCCACAGUCGGGUACUUUCUGUGCUUCAGUCCUCAGCUGUGCCUACCACUGCCAGUGGGACAUUUAGUGUUAUAACUUCUCAGUCCACCAUUCAGAAUGACCACAAUGAACUAUCAUCUGCUUCACAAAUUCAUGUUCCAAUCUCAACAUCCAGGCCUCAUAAUUCCUCAAGUACAAAACCAUUUGUGUUUAAGACGAGCAGCCACGUGUCGGGGAAGCAGAACUCUAGUCACCAGCCCCGUAAACUGAUCGGCUCCGGUCCGCUGGCUAUAUCGGCACAGGGUUUUGUGCAGAAGAUUGGAAACCGGAUGGUAACUGUCCUGCCCCGACCAGAAGACUUAAAAAAGUUAAGGGAAAGUAAAUCUUUAAUUCUCAGCAUCAAAGGUUCCGGCGACUCCGAUGCGUACGGGUCAAAAAGUUCUCGGGCCAGAAAGGUUCCGGUGCCCGUACGACCACAUCAGCGUUAUGGAAGGAGAGGCAGAGGAGGAGGACGUGGCAGACCUCCCUCUGUCUCUAGGGCAGAGGUUAAAGUAGAUAAGGAACAGAUUGCCAAAACUGUUUCACUGUUAAAGAAGGAAGUUCCAGGGGACUCCAUACUGCUGGCUGAGACAUCAGGAGACCAUCACUUGGAUGGCUUUAUCAAGCUGGAGGACUCGACAAGUGAGGGCAUCGUGGUGGACAUGACACUGCCUGGUGGUUCACCAGCAUCAGCUGUCCUGGUCAAGGGUCCACCAGAAGAUGAGGAGUUUAUUCUGUCAAAUAUAGAUCCACCAACUCCAGUUAUGUCUCGCCGUGGACGGCGUAAAAAGAGAGGUCGUGGCCGCCCAAGAGGGACUUAUGUCAUAUCAUCUUCGGGAAGGAGACCUGGAAGGCCCAAAAAGGUGGAGACCCUGCUCGAGGGGCCCCACGGCGCUCGUAUGAUUCACACCGGACCCGACACUAGACUGGACGGAGAACUGGAUCACCAAGAGAACGAACUAGUAGAAACAGUUCCGACAAUAGAGUUGGCAGGUGAGGAGGGCAGUGAUGGACUGCAGGAGUUGAGGGUGUUAGAGAUGGGCGCCCUGAAGCAGGAGCCAAUAGAUAUUGAAAUAAAGAAAGAGGAGGAAGUAGAUCCCAACAGGAGGAAACUACCUCCCAGACGAAGAGGAGCGAGGUAUGAGAAAAUGAUCCAGGCCUUAAAGAAGAGAGAGAAUGAUGAUGAUGACUUCUCCAUGGGUGAGGAGGAAGACAUCUCCCCAGACUACCUCACGUACCGCCGCCCACCACCACCACCCAAAACAAGAGGGACAUCUGGACCAGGCAAAAGAGGGCGACCAAGGAAGCACUGGCCGCCUCCACCCGUGAUAAAGGUGGAGCCAGGCACUGAGCAGCACUUACUGGGAGGACCACUAGAUGCCUCCCACAUGACACAAGUUACUGCCAGGGACUUGGUCACCAGCAUGACAGAGGGAGACUUAACAGAAGCAGAGAAGCACAACCUGCUCAUCACAUUCCAGAGGCCAGAAACGGGAGAAGUGGUCAUCACAAUGUUACCACCUCCUCCUGCAGCUCAGCAGCAAGAUGACUUCCAAGACCACACUACUACUGAAGGUACUCAGACAGAAGAGGACAUUGAGCUUCCAACUGAUGAUGGUAAUGUAGACUGCCACAAGUGUGAAGAAUGUGGGGACGUCAUCCAGUUUAAACGUGAUUAUAUUCGUCAUCUUCGUCAGAAACACGAUCUUCGACCGUUUGAGUGUAACCAGUGUGGCAAGACUUGUACGUCUCACACUGCACUGGAGGCUCAUCACAGAGUGCACGGCCUAGAGAGGCCGCACCGUUGUGAUUACUGCGGCAAAGGUUUUGUUGACCCCUCCCAUCUCAAGACCCACAUACUCACUCACACAGGAGAGAGACCACAUAGGUGUCAUCACUGUUUAAAAGCAUUUGCUCAGGCAUCACAACUGAAGAAACACUUGGCCAUUCAUGAAGACAGUCACCAGUUCAAGUGCUCAGUGUGUAGUCGCACUUUUGCUCACCGAGACACACUCUACACUCACAUGAAGACACAUACUUCAAAUCGACCAUUUAUUUGUGACAUUUGUAGUUUAGGUUUUGUUACCAGUAGUGGCCUCAACCGCCACAGGAAAGUUCACAAGAGAUCUAGCAAUCCUGUUGAAGGACUUGACAAUGAGCUUAAGUGCACUGUGUGCCAGGCCAACUUCACCUAUAAAAGAACUUUGACAAAACACAUGUCCACUGUACAUGGGGAUGGCAUUCUUGUCAAAGAGGAAAAUGAAUCUGUUGUAAAAUCAUUCCCAAGUGAAGUGUCCAUUGUUGAACAGCUUCAAGAACAGCUUAAUGAAGGAUAUGCUCCAAAAACCUCAGAAUUAUAUGAUGAACCUAAGCAAUCAGAGACACUUGAGAGUAAGUUUCCUGUUAAUCCAUUCAAGUGUGGUAUUUGUGAGGAAUCCUUCACAGACGUUGAUGUGUUGUGCGAUCACUACACUAACUCCCACACUGGUGAUCAGGAAGUGUACUGUGAUGUGUGUAGUGUAGGUUGUGCUACAGAUCAACAAUUGGAGCAGCAUAAACAACUCCAUCUUUUUGAAGAACAACAGUCAAUGAUACACACAAUACCAACUGAGGAAUUUCCAUUUGUGUGUCCUGUAUGUGGAAAGAGCUUCAGAAAACAUCAGGAGUUUGUACGGCAUCACAGAGCCCACACGCACGAAAAGAGUUACAAAUGUGAACUUUGUGGUGCUGGUUUUCCAUUAAAGUCUGCCUUAGAUAAGCAUGUUUUAGUUCACACUGGAGAACGGCCAUUUAAGUGUGACAUUUGCUUAAAGAGUUUUCGACAGAGUGCAGCCCUGGUCAGACACAAGUUAUGGACUCACAGACUUAAAAAUCAGAACAAGUGUGAGUUGUGUGGUAAAACUUUCUUCACUCCAGCCCUUCUUAGUUAUCACCUCGACAGCCACGGAGAUGCCGGCCAGUCGGUGAAAUCUCGCCUGGCAGAGACGUCGGAAACUGAGGAGCAACAGCUGUUAGAACAGUGCCACAGCGUAAAACAAGAGAACAGAGGCGGCGGAGAAGUGUACGGAGAUGCCAGAGGAGACGGUCAACACGGUUGUGAAUACUGUGGUAAGAACUUCUCAUCUUACGUCUUGCUCCUCACACACAAACUAACACACAAACUGUCGGCGUCGUACAAGUGUGACGUGUGUCACCGUACAUUCCGUGAGAAGAGGUACCUGCAGAAGCAUAAACUGACCCAUAAAGGAGUCAAGAGUUGGAAGUGUGACAUUUGCAAGAAAGCUUUUGCCACAAAGCUGACCUUAAUUAGGCACUCCCACGUGCACUUGCGUGAAGCUCUCCGUCCAGGCCCCGAGUUGCCUUUUAUUCCCGAAGAAGGCGAGGACGGAGGGGAGAUAAUAACCGGCAGUACACUUCCUGCAGUUCUCAAGUGCGAUGAAUGCGGCAUAGAUUUUGCGCACAAGAGUCACUUUGUCCGCCACAAACUCUUACACUCGGGUACUCCGCUUUUGAAGUGUGGGUUGUGUAAUAAGUUGUUUGUGCACAAGAGUGAUAUCAUUCGACACAAGGUCAUGCAUUCCUUCAUGUUUACGUGCGAUGUUUGUGGACGAAACUUCCACAAACGAUCACUAUUUAUCAUGCACAAGAAGAAGCACAUUGAUGACAAACCAUUCAAGUGUGAGUGUGGCAAAAGCUUUUCUACAAGCGGUAAUUACAAUACUCAUAAACGAAUUCACAGCGGUGAGAAACCAUAUAAGUGCGAUAUGUGUGAUUACAGAUGCUCACAGAGCGGCCGUCUGUUAAAGCAUAAGAGAAUGCACAGUGGAGAAAAACCAUACCAAUGUGAAACUUGUGGCAAAUAUUUUGCUAAUUAUGAAUCUGUCAAAAUACACAUGAGAAUUCAUACUGGAGAAAGACCAUUUAAGUGUGGUAACUGUGGGAAGACCUUCAUAAAUAAUGGCAGCCUUAAUCUGCAUAUGCGGGACCAUAUUCGUGAAGAGAUGUUUAAAUGUGAUGUUUGCAACCACAAAUUUAGGCGAGAACAUCAUCUAGAAAAACAUCGACAGUUUCAUCACUUUCAACAACAAUAUCAGAAUGCUGUCAUGGGCCUUGAGACAGACGGUAGUGUUGAAGCUCAUCUCUACAUGUGUGAGGUGUGCGGAAGAGUGUUUGAUAAGAAGAAAUACCUUUACACGCAUCACAAUGUCCAUUCACGUCAACGCAACUUUCCGUGUACUUAUUGCGGAAAGCAAUUGGCAUCCAGACUUGCCCUCAAGAAUCAUCAUUUAAUUCACACAGGAGAAAUGCCCUUCAAGUGUAGUCAGUGUGAUAAAGAAUUCCGUAGCUCUUCCAACCUGAAGCGUCACGAGCGCUCGCAUCCCGUCCAGGACGUAAAUGCUCUAAGGUGUGACGAGUGCGACGAGAGUUUUUAUAGUCCAGAACUUCUGAACCAACAUAAAGCGAGUCAUAUGCAAGGCAUGAUGAUGAUGAAUCCAGGAGUAGAAAGUGUAACAACAGCAGACAACUCUCACCACUUGUAUGUGUUUGAGACUGUGGGAGAAGUGGGUGAGGCUAUGGACUCCACUCAACAGCUCUUAGUUGACAAUAGUCAACAGCAGUUUUUGGUAGAUGGCUCUCAGCCUCUCUUAGUGUUCCCAGAAGCAGCCAAUACACCAUAUUCUGAGCUUACAGAGGCACCGGACCCAGAGCAAGAAGAAGCCGAAGUGGAACACGUGCCGCCGCCCGAGGUGAUAAUGGUGCACGAGAAGAUGGACGAGCGGGAGGAGGAGGAGGAGAGGGUUGUGGAAAAGCCUUUUAGAUGUGAUGAUUGUGGUAAAUCUUUUGCUAAGAAACAGUAUUUGACAAAACACAAAUACAGGCACAGAGAAGUUAAGCCGCAUGCCUGUGAUGUGUGCGGGAAGCGUUUUGCUCAGAAGUUUGAAGUUGCCGUUCACAAAAUCAAACACACGGGAGAACGUCCCCACAAGUGUGACGUUUGUCACAAGCCUUUCCGGAGUAAAGUUAAUCUUCUUAAUCACAAGAUGCGUCACACGGGAGAGUACCCCUUCCUGUGUUCAGUGUGCAGCAAGGGCUUCUCUACACAGCUGCAGCUUGAACGACAUGUCACACUCCAUACUGGGUCACACCCAUAUAAGUGUUCUAUAUGUCAGAGAGGCUACACCCAGCGAACCACUCUAAUAAAACAUUUGGCCAAGGCUCACGACAUAUUGGAUGUGUCUCAGAUUGAGGCAAUGGACUCUUUAGAAAAUGUAGAGGCUGUUGAGAACAUGGAGAGCAUGGAAGAAGUGGAGGGGGUCGAAAAAUCCAUGUUUUCUAAUGUCCAUGAAACUGCCAUGGAGGUAAACGAACAGGCCACAGUGGAGGAGGAUGAACACACUGCCAUAACCAUGGAUACUGAUAUACUGGCACACGGAGAGCAACAAGCAGCUUAUUCUGUGGUGGAGGUUCACCCAGACUACCUGAAGGACUACUUGAUGGCUGGACCACAGGUAGUAGCCACUCAUGACAUGGAUCCCAAGCUCCUGCAGUCUAUCUUGCAACAAGUACGCAACAGCCAAGAUGAAACAGACGGUCAGGCUGUAGUUCAUGUUAAUGCUAUUGAUGGUUAAAAUCUUUCUGAGGUUUGACAAUAUAGUCCGACAUAUCUCUGUACAAAGUGUAGCAAUGUAGCAAUCUUAUAUUCUCAUCUGAAUUAUGUGUUGGGGUUGUGAAAUGACCUACUUUCUUUUAUAUGUAUUGUAUAUACUGUUUUAUAGUCGUCUUGUUUAACCAGAUAUAUUUCACGAAUGAUUAUUUGAAAUCCUUGUCACAAAGAAAACUUGUCUCAUGAGGCAAGAGUUAUAGUACCUGUACAUAUACUGUAUAUAAACAUUACAUUGGUACUGUACUAGCUUAAAAUUGCAGAUGAGUACUUUCACCAGGGAUAAGUAAUGAAUAUACUGUAUUUGCCCAAUGUUGAUAUUAUAGUAUUGUUGAUUCUCUCUUUUUGGUUUCUCAGUUUACAGAAUAACUAGAAAUGUAGGAAAUAUUUGGCGGUAGUUUUCUUUGCAAGAAGAUGUGGAACUUUUGUGAAAAUUGUUAUUCCUGUGAGACUGAGUGAGAGUCAGUGGAUCUUGGGUUGUUCUCUCUCUCCCUGACGUGUGCGUGCGUGCAUUCUUUACGAGUUGUAGGACACUCAUGAAGUGAGAGUGGUGUUAUUUGCUGUGAGAAUGAUGAACUUUACCAUGUAUGACAGUACAUAUAACCUUCCAUCUAAACUAUUCCCAUUUUGGACACCCUUAACAACUCAUACUGGUAAGCUCACUGCCAAUUUAUUUUUUUAUUUUUUAAGCAUUUACUAUAAUCAGAUUUCAUAUAUUGCAAUAAUUUAUAGGUGAAAACGUAUGGCAUUGAUUCAUUUACCAGCCAAUACUCGAUAAACAUUAGUAAAUUAAAUAGAUGCCAAAAAAAUAAUGAUUAUGAACCUAAGAUACCGUAUGAGGUCAUUAUCAGGUCGAUGUACUGUGCUUUGAUUACUGUGUCACAUUAGUUACUGUACUGUACACCUGGAGAUAAUUGCCACUACCCGCCUCCUCAACACCCCAUCCAGCAUAUUUCCCCUGAUGAUUAAACACCUUAAUGCUACCUGGGUGUUGAGGUUAGAUUAGGUUAUAUAUUGUGAUGUAUUGUUAAGAUAGGUUAGACUAUUAGGUUAUGGUGUUAAGUUUGCUCAUGUUUGGCUAGAUUAGGUUAGAAUAUAUGUUAUGUUAUAUCAUGUUAUGUUAGGGUAGGUUAGACUAUUAGGUUAUGUUGUUAAGUUUGCUCAUGUUUGGCUAGAUUAGGUUAGAAUAUAUGUUAUGUUAUAUCAUGUUAUUUUAGGGUAGGUUAGGCUUGGUUAAGUUAAUUUUAGGGUGAUUAAGCUUAAAGUGAAAUAAGCUAGAAGGCUAAUCUUCACAUGGUCCCAUCUGUCAACUGGAAAAAUACUCAAAUGUCAUGGAGAGUUGUAACUGUUGUCCAGAAACCUUGUUAAAAAGUCUUAUAAGUUGUCGUCAUGUCAUAAGUUUGUUUUAGAGGAAAUACUGCAGUGUAAGUUUUAAGAAUGUGACUUGUUAAGUUUUGGUAAUUAUUGAAAGAUAUGGUUUACUUGCUCUGCAUUGUUAUGUUAAUCUUGUUUCUAUUUAUCUGUAAUAUAAUAAUGUUUAGUCAGUUUUGUGUAGGAACAUUGUUAUUGAUGAUUGAUAUUAUUUAUUAUUUCUGUAACACUGUUUUUGGUUUAACACGGCUAUUUAUUAAUAUUUUAUUGGUCGGACUGCUAGUUAAAAUUGACAAUACAGUAUUAAUGGCAUACAAUAUUGUACUGUACUCUUUAAAAAUGCAAUACCCUGUACAUUGUGUUUUGUUUUGGAUACAACAUACAUAAAGGUUUACUGUGCUGUACCCUUCUUUGUAAUCUUCAGUUCCUCCUCUUGUUUUGUGGUCUUGGGUGAUGUUGUGUCCUUCUGCGGAAAAUAACAGAUUAUGUAGUUAUUUAUUUAUCAGCCCCUCCUGUGAUUUUGUGUAGUGAGACUUUAAACAAUCUGUCUUAUUGUUGCCUUUAAGAGAUGACUUCUUGUGGUGUUAGUGUGGUCCUUUAUUAAUCUACUACUGUAAUGAUGAUAUUGGGCACAUGUGUCAAACUUUUAUACUGUAUAUGGCUAAUGUAGUUUAUGAAGAUGUAUUUAUGACUUGACACUUUCCACUGGGUCUCUCGAGAAGUGCUUUCACUCUUUUCAGUGACAGGACUCGGGGAACUGUAUAACAUUAGUGGAUGGGAUGGUCAUAGAGUUGGUCCAUUUAUUCAUUGUUUGUUUUAAAGGUGAUACUAACAAGCAGUAGUGUGCCAUUUGCCAGUUCCUGUGACAAAACUUACUCUUCUGUAACUCUGUGAUAAAAUUUUAUUAUUUUGAUGCUGUGGUUAUUAACUAUAGAGGUCCAGGAAUCUGAAUUAAUGUCAGUCUUGUAUUAUACUGUAGUAUGUUGACUUCCCCUUCUGUGGCAGUGUAUCUCAUUAGCAUGUAGAGCACUUUCAGAUCACUACCUCCUAUGCUCCAACUGGCAUUAGUUAUUGUAGUCAGCAAGCAUUUUAUUCCCAUGCCCACAUCUUAGUGACUUAACAACCCCACUUCCUCCAAAUGGGGAGUGGAGGUCAGCUGGAACUAAUGGGGUGGUCCUGGAAACCAUCCAAACUGACAAAGUAGAUGUAUUGCCCACUGUUGUGUCAUCCCUACUUGCCAGGCCUCCUGCUCUCUUAUUGUGAGGCAGUUACUUCUAGUCUCCCUUUUCUUUAUUGUUAACUGUUGCAAUAGGGAAGCAGAAUAACAGUAAGAUGAAUCUCCCAGCCACUAUUGGUGAGUAAAUUACUUCAGUCAACAAGCUGUAAACUUAGUUAUUAAAUUAUCUUCAAAAUUAACCCUUCAUUUUCCAGGUCAUUUCAAAAGAGUACCAGUACAUGAAAGAUAUAAUAUGUAUAGAUAUACUUAGUAUGUUCAGUAUAUGACCCAGGUGCAUCAUUGGAGGAUGGUCAGGACGAUAGAUAAAUACGUACAAUACUCGUAAACAAAAAUACCCUGCAGGUGGAAUUCUUUCUGGAACUUUAGUACAGUACAGUAUGUGACUGAAUCUUGUAGAUACUGAGGUUUGUGAACUGAGACAACAGUGCAUCUUUAUUUUUACUUUUAGGACUAGAUUUAUCAAGAACUUUGGUGCUGUAUAAAAGAUCAGUGAGUGCAAAUUAACUCAGUCUGCCAGUUUUUUCUGUUGACCAGUGAUAUAUAGUUCUUAAGGUUUCUGAUGUAAUGGAUCCUGCAAAAGGAAUUACAAUAUAAUUACUGUACACUGGACAUAGGAAUUUUGUGUAGAGUGUGACACUACCGGUGAAGGACAAGUUGCUGAUACAUUCACAAGGAUUACUUGCAUUGUACUUUAUCAUUAUUAAUUUUCAUUAUAUAGUCAAUUUAAAAAAAUAGGGCACCAUUAUCACGGUAACACUAAGAGGUUCAACACUUAAGACACGAGUUCAAUCCCGUGUCCAGAAAGUGUUAGAGGGAUACUGUCAACAAAAGCAGAAAAUAAAUUCAUUUUUACCACUAUAUUUGCAAAUAUUUCAGGAAACUGCCAUUAUAAAACUCUGAACUCACAUGUACAGAUAGUAACUAAUUUAUAAAAUCCCAAUUACUGUACAGUACUUUGGUCUAUCAUGUAUCCAGCGGUCAGCUUCUACUCAAUAAUCAAAGAUCAGCAUCAUUGAUAUUUUGUGUAAGACCUCUUGAGAACCUCCCUGUAGAUCAUGUAUUGAUGCUUCUCUUGUGACAGUUGUUAACAUUAAGAGAGCAGUGUCAGGUGUGUCUUAGCUGUUAACAUAGUUCACAAAGUGCUAUUCAGUAACCGUGGCCUCAUAAGAUUGGAGAAUCAAUAUUUUUUGUGGCAUUUGGUGAUCCAGUAGUGUCAAGGACUCAAACCCAGUUCAUCUAUCUCUCCCAGUGGUCACCAUAGAGCCAAUUGAGCUUUAAUAUUUGGGACUGGAUGAAGCUGCCCAUCUUUCCCAGAAUCUGCCACUAUACAUAGCUUUUAAAAUCUCGGUACAGGCCAUAGCUUUUGCACAGGAAAGUGCCUACAUAUUCUGCAUGUCUCUCUCUCUUUAGUACUGGUAAUUCUUCUCCAGUCAGUGCUAAUUAUUGUUGGAUGUCAAAUAAUAAUGCCUGAACCAUUUCAUGAGAAUUUUGUAUUGGUCCUCAGUACAGUACAGUAUGUCUUAUGUACUGGGCAUUAGUAGCAACAGAUAUUAAAGCUAUUAUUAUUACUAUUAUUAUUAUAACUAUUAGCUUUUUUAAAACUUAUCAGCUUACUAGCCAUUUGAGUGGUUGGUUUAUUCUUUGUUGGAUUAGUAUGCCACAUUUAUAUUGUCAAAGAACAUUACAUUAUCAAUCUAUUAAUAAAGUAACUGUGUGAGGUAAGAUACUUUUAUUGUAUAACAAAUGGAAGGUAUGAAGUAAUUACAUAUUUUGUUUUUAAUAUAUACAGUUGGAGAGAAAAUUUUCUGGAUAUUUUUUGGUAGUACAAUAGAGAGCAUGUGUCUGGCAUCUCCUUGAUACAGUAGUUAUAUAGGUAAGGAGAUUGAGAUGCAGUACUAUGCCCACAUUUUCUUUAUGCAGUACUACAGGGGUUUAUAUUUAUUUUCUAUUGGUUAUUUUAACAUACUAUAGUAAUUUAUAAUGAAAAGCAACAUCAUCAUCUACAAAUCAAUCACAUGUACAGUACAAUAAUUAUAUUACCCAUAAGUAAAUGCCAGAUACUGUACAGUACAAGUGUAUUGCCAAAAGUGUUAUGGAAUUUUGGUUGCAACUGUACAGCUCAGAUAUAUAUCAGUAGAGAUACAAGUAUAUAAAUUAUUAGGAUGAAGCAGGGAACUUGUGUCAACUAAAUUGUCCGGUAUUUUGUAAAGCUCAAUAAAUAGUCAAAAUGUAUGUAACGUUCAGAAUUACAUAGUAUUGUAAAAUCUUUUGAAAUUUACGACUCUUCAAAUACUGUAUUCUAAUACUGUACAGUAUUUACCACGAUGUAUUCCAUGAUGAAUUAUUCUGAAAUAAAUAUAUUUUUUGAAGAUU